GGUAAUUGAAACUAACCUAAAAUUUUUUUUUUACAGUCAUCUCUUAAGUUCAUGUUGAUGACAUCAUGGUGAAGAACUUGAAAGCUAAAGACCAUUUAGUUGACCUGGAUGAAACUUUCAUCAAUUUGAGGAAAAAUAAGAUGAGGUUAAAUCCAGCAAAGUGCAUCUUUGGGGUGGAGUCUGGAAAAUUCCUAGGUUUCAUGGUUUCUAGAAAGGGGAUCGAGGUCAACUCGGAGAAGAUCAAAGCAAUAGAAUUGAUGGGACCUCCAAAGUCAGUUAAAGAUGUGCAAAGGUUGACUGGGAGAGUGGCAGCCCUUUAUAGAUUCAUUUCCAAGUCAACUGACAAGUGCCUCCCAUUCGUCAAGAUCAUGAGAUCGGUAAUUCAAAAAGAUGAAUUUGGCAAACAGAAAAAGUUCAAAUGGAUCCCAGAAUGCCAAGUUCUAGUCGACGAGCUUAAGUCCUAUCUUAGCUCACCUUCAUUAUUGAUGAAAACUGUUGAUGGGAAGAUCCUUUACUUGUACCUCAAAAUCUCAGAUGAAACAGUCAGUUCUAUGUCAGCAAUUCGAGCUCAAGCAUUGGCAGACUUUGUUGCUGAGUGCACCUCUGGUCAGUCAAGCUUGGAUCCCAAGCCAGAUAUGUGGAUUCUAUAUGUUGAUGGGGCCUCAAACAAUAAAGGAUCAGGAGCUAGAGUAGUUUUGGUGGGACUAGAUGGCUAUCAAAGUGAGCACACUUUGAAAUUUAAUUUUGAUGCAACUAAUAACAUGGCUGAAUACAAAGCUUUGCUACCUGGGGCUCUAGCUAGCAUGAGAGUUGAAAGUCAAAGUGAGACAAAUUUACAGUGACUCACAACUCGUGUUUAGUCAAGUCAACUUAGUCUGCGAGGUAGUCAAUCCCAUUUUGAUGAAGUAUGUAACCCUGGCAGCUCAACUCAAAUGCAAAUUUGAGAAAUUCUAUUUAAGCAAUAUACCUAAGGUUGAAAA